CGCCGCAUUUGAACUUCAAACGCGAGAAAAGUAGCACAGAGCUAUGCCGAGAUACGCGGAUCCGUGACGCGCGCGAAAAGCAACAAAAUUUUUUGAUUAUGUAUUUGGCGUAGGCAAAUGGCCAGGCCAAAACAACUCGAUCCGAAUUCCCUCACCUGCCAACCAGAUCGCGACAAUGGAAUAUUCUGACUGAGAACUACGGAAAUUGGAUAAACAGACUUUAAAUAAAUAUACAAGAACUAGAAGCCAUUUAACAUGGCAAGCCGAUUCUAUGAAAAGUGGCCAGUGAAAUAUAUCUCCGUUCUUUGCCUGUUACUAAGUCUGGGUCAUGUCUCCUGUGAGGACUAUGAGACCAGUGCCACCACAAUGGCCACAACUACCACAAUCAUUUCGUUGCCCGUUUUCACGCCUGGCUGCCAAGACUGGACCUCGGCUCCGGAGGCAGCGGGUGGCAACUGCUCCCGUGUGACACCAAACGGACUUCUCAAGUGCUACGGCGGGAUGAAUAACCUGGCAGCCUUAUCUAACUCCGCCAAACUUUACCGACAGCAGCAGGCUGUGGAAAUGCUCCUCUGCGGUUGGCCCCAGGACGUCUUCAAUCCCUUGAAGGAACUACAGAAACUACCCCGCCUUCGAUCUCUGACCAUCGAGUACAGUGGCUUUACGGAGUUCAAGUUUGAUUUCCCCGAAAUGACUCACCUCCAGACCAUAAACAUAUCGUGGACCAAUCUUUCUUACAUCUCGUCACGAACUUUCAAGAGAGUCCAUCCUCUUAGAGUGUUGGAUCUGCGAUGGAACCAGCUCAUUCAGCUGGACGGGCCAUUGAUCUUGCCCCACAGCUUCGAGCAGCUCUACUUGGCCGGCAAUCCCUGGAACUGCACCAGGAACUUCAAGUGGCUGUUACUGCAGCCGGAGAAGGGGCGUCUGGUGGUGGAUCGGGACGAACUCAUAUGCAUGGACCGCAAGUACAAGGAGCGCCAGAUGCUAUUGGUCAUGCACUACAAGCUGGAGCUGAAGAAGCAAUGCCAGUCGCACGAGGAUCUGAAGAACUGCACCUGCCUGAUGCACCACAUCUUGCCAAAGACCCAUGUUCCUCUAUACACAGUAAACUGCUCCCACUUGGAGUUCCACCACCUGCCCGCCUUUUUGCCAGACAACACCACCACUUUGGCCAUAAAUGAUAACUUGAUCAGUGACAUUAAUCCUUUGCGGGACAAUCCCCACUAUCGCCAUGUAGUGGACAUACAGUUGGAAAACAACCGCGUGGCCAACAUAGACAACCUCGAGGACACUGACUGGCUUCAAAACUUCCGGCUGCUCAACCUGAGGGGCAACAACUUGAGGAAGCUCCACGUCUAUGCCCUGGACAACGCCCUCAAUGAAAACCAGAACGCCAAUCUUCUGCUCCUCAGCCGGAAUCCUUGGCACUGCACCUGCAAGUUCGGCAGCCGGUUGCGUGAGCUGCUGACCAAGUACAAGGAGAUCGUGAGGGAUGCGUGGAAUGUGUCCUGCACCUACAUGCAGGACGAUGACCAGCUCCUGGCCAAGGUCUUGUCCCUCAGCCGGCAGGAGAUGUGCAGCGUCAGUAUGGAGAAUGGAUCGCACAUCCACCCCAUCGACUGGCUGAACGGAGUACUGGCCAGCCUAAUCCUCCUCAUCCUCGGCAAGCUAGCCUACGACUACUAUCAUUACAAGUAUUACGGUCGCGUUCCUUGGAUUGUGAUGAAGAUGCCUUAGUCCUAGUCCCUUAGUGCCUUAGAUCUUACUCGAAAGUAUUUCUCAAACACAGACCACACAUUAGUCGGUUUAUUUUCGAAAAUCUACAAGUCAAUAACGAUCUUUUGUGUCGUAC